AACCCACUACGCCCACUACGUCUUCAACACGUUCAAGCAGAACAACCACGGCCAGAUUAGCUUCGAGGACUUCCUAGGGGCGUUGUCGACGGUCUCGAGAGGCACCACGCAGGAGAAGCUGCAGUGGAUCUUCGGUCUAUACGACGUGAAUAAUGACGGCCUCAUCACGAAGAAGGAGAUGGUGGACGUGGUGACGGCCAUUUACGAAAUGCUGGGCAGGGCCACCGAGCCCCAAGUGGACGAGAGGUCUGCCAAGGACCACGUUGAGAAAAUCUUUCACCUGAUUGACACCAACCAAGAUGGCGCCAUCACCAUCGAGGAGCUGGCCCAGUGGGUCUCGCGGGACGACACCAUCGUCCAGAGCCUGAGCAUGAUGGACACAGUCCUUUACACCCGCCGGGAACACGGCGCCACCUCCAACCCUCCAACGACGCGGCCGUCGCUGAGCCAACCAUGAGGGACGGCCGGCCCGGUGCCACGGCCCCGGGCCCCUCCCUCCCCCCCACCCCCUCGUCCACCCAACCCCACGCCCAUUCACGCUCGCCGCAUGGAAUCCCAGAUUGAUUGAUUGGUCAAGGUCCUGUCACCGACGUUCAUCCUUCUCCUCUCCAGUCACGCGUUUCUGGAGGCCAAGAUGUUGAAACAUUUGGAGAGAAGGGAGCUGACCAGUGAAUAAUUGAUUGAUAAAUGACAAAUAAUAAUUAUAAUAAUUAUAUAAAUAAGUCCAGAAGGGUUAGGUUAUUGACGUUUAGAUAUCUUCCCGAUGAGGCGUAAUGGGUGUAGAUUUAAGAGAUAAUCCAAAGACAUACGUACACUUGUGCUAUUACUCAUAAUUAUCCAUGCUGUGUUGCAAUACUGUAAGUCACUCGUAAGUGCUGACUUGCUCUUUGAGAAAUUCAAAAUAUCGGGAUUUCCAAGAAACCGACUGAAAAUAGUAUGAAAAUUAGAAAGGAGUUCGUCCCUAAUUUUUUCUGCUUGAAAAUUCUAUUUUUGUGAUUAUCAUUUUCAAAGUCACCCAUAAUCUUCUGUGACAAUUUUUAAAAAGAAACUUAGAAGGCAGAAUGGGACUAUGUGAUCAUAACAUUUUAUUUGCUGAAUGCCCAAUUCAGUUGAGGGUUCAAGUAGAGGCAUUAUCUACUCAUUCUGUGCAAGGACUCAGUGUGGCAAGUAUAACAUAAAUUCUUGCAAUUUUUUGCUUUUUGCAUAAAAUUAAUUUUUCUAGAAUCUUGAAAUUGCAUUUUUUUCUACCUUGAAAAUGCCAGUUUGGUAGGGGAUUUUUUAGCAUUACUAUUUGAAAUUUUUUCCUGGGUGAAUAACGACCACAGUUUUGGCAGUGGUAGAGUUUUCUUUAUUUCCUAAAGUCCGAGUUUCUUGAAGGGAGUUUUAAUCAGAUUUUAUGCCUAAUUGUUGUUAUUUAAAACGGGCCUGUUCUCCUAUUCAUUCACUGUGGUGCUUUAAAUUACCCUUACAGCGUUAUUUAGCAUUGAGGUAGGUUUGGCAUGGCCUAAAUUACUAUGGAAGUACUGACGGAUGUCUAUUCAAAACAAAACUUUUUCUCAUUGCUACGAACGUCAUUCAUAAAUCCAUUUCAUGUUUCAGCUAGAGUUUUCAAAGACGAAAUGUAUGUUAAUGCUUUUGAUUUCCGCUGAUCUAAAACUUUCCAGGUUCGCAUAAAAUCAGGUGUUUCUUUGGCUAUGUUUUGUUUGCUCUUUUUAAUGGGAGAUUGUAGUGUACAUCUCUUCAUUUGUAUACGCUUUUUUUAAGCCAAAGUUGGAAAUAACUUUCUGGUGGCUUUUCUUCGGGCAGCAAGACACUGUCAUGCAUUUAAUAUUUACAACAUGUUGUACAAUAAGAACUGCUGAACUAACGCAAAAAAAAAUUAUAUUGACAAGACUUAUGUAUGUAAGGAAAGCUAUCCUGCAGUAGAUACUUUUACCAAGGUAUGUAAUAAUUUUUUUGUAACGAUUCCUGCUAUUAAGAAAACCCACAAACUAACCUUGCAGAUUUUCUAAACGAUGGUACGUUCCAGUUUCUAAAACAUUUUGGGUCCUACAGUAAGUUUUUGAAGCAUGUAGUAGGAAGUGGACUCAGCCUGUAAAUUAGCUGCUUUUAUUACAAUUAAUCUAGUCUGCUGUAAUAUGCAGUCAGUGUAAUUAUUCCUUUUUAUAAUCGCUCCUGUCGCUUGUCCUUAAAAUGCUGUAUGGAUACAGAAGUUAUAUUGCAAUUAGGAGUAGGGUUGCCAUAGUACGUACUAUUGUAAGAAUUUGUCAGUUUGGCAUUGUAGAAGCAUAUAGGAAAUUAUAGAUCUUUUCUAUAUUGUGCAUGUAAUGAUCGGACACAAAAAAUUCAACAUGAUUAUCUGCACAUAAGAGUGUAUGUUAAUAUAUACAAGAAUUUACCCAUAAUGUUGAUACACAUAAUUAUACAUAUGUAGGUACACACAUACGUGCAUAAUUAUAUGCAAGUAUAAAAUUAUAUACUAUACACAUAAAAACACACGUUUGCAUACUAUAACAUGCUUGUACAUUAAUGCAAUAUGAAUGUUUAUGUGAACAUGUAUAUACAUCGAACUUGUCCAGAGACAUGUAUAUACAUUUACAUAUAAAAAUACGUACACAACUAUUUCUACAAGAUAUAUACAUACUGUAAACAUAUGUAUGUAUGUAUGAGAACUUGUCCUUACUGUUCAAGAGUUGAUGUGGUCCAGAUAUGAAGAGGUUUAAUGUUUUAAAGACGUUCAGUUCUUUAAAAGUAUAUUCCACCUCAUGUGUACAUAAACGAAAAUAAAUCUUGAUGUCGUAGAGAAAGGUGAUGCUAUAAUGGACGGUUUGAUUUCCAUUUGGUGUUAGCUAUUAAGGACAGUUUGAAAGUUGUCAGUAUAUAGAGCAUUCGGUUCUUAUUGAGAGUGAAGCUAACUUUUCUAAUGGUAUAAGACUUUUAAGACUUUUUUCAUAAAGGAACUUUAUAGUACAAACACCGAGCAGCCGCUUGGUCUAUAUUCAAUCAUGUCACUUAAAAAAAUGUGGGAAUUUAAACAGGAUCAUUAAUGUUAAUGUUUAUGGGUGCCAUUAAACCAUUUGCUUUCGACAGAUAGUUGCAGGUUCCAUUCUAUUCAAAAUAAUAAUAAUAAAGAAGAUAAUCCAGAUUUAUAAAAAAGAAAUCUCCCCAGGAUUGGAUUAAUUUCCCUUUUUUUUUAGUCCAUUUAAAAGAAUCAGGUACACCAUAAUAUAUACUGAUGAAUUAUUACCGAAAUAAAUUAAAUCUGCUCUGCUCGGUGCUUAGUUAAAAAGUUAGAGAAUAGUAUAUAAGGCAGCUUCUUGUAAUCCUAUGGUAUAUUGACAAUUUUCUAAGAAAUUCAUAACAGCCCUGCAGUUGUAAGGUCUGAUAGGCUUUGCAUUUUCACGGUGGGGCGCAUGUAUGUAUCAUAUAAGUGUGCAAAUGUUAUCAGUGUAUGUUUACAUUCACACAUGUAUAUACUCUACAUAUGUAAGUGUAUACAUAUAUAGAUACGUAUAAACACUAUUAUUAUUCCACUGAAACAGACCUUGAAUUAGCAAAAAGCGUAAGGUAAUUUUUUCCCUGGAAAACUCCUCUUAUCAAGAGAUUAUUUUUGUUAUGUAUUGUACUACAUGAAAUACCGUGCAGCCUCUUGUUUCUGAUACCCUUGGCUAUUUAGAUUGCUUUCGGAGCACCUUUAGGUUUAGUCACUCUUAUUAUGGCUAAAUUUGGCCUCUGAGUUAAAAGUUUUAUUUACAAUCAAUGUUACUCAAAGAAGAUUUUGUACAACCUAGUGUCUCUUGAUACUCGCUGCAUAAGCAGAGACUAUUUUGAUUUUUUCAAGUUAACGGUAGCUUUGACUUUUCUCUUGAAAUUGAAAUAAUUGAUUUUCUCAAAAAUAGAUUUUUUUAAAUAAGAAAAAUGCCAACUUGGUAGGCAAUAAUUUUUACGUGAUUUAUGUUGUCUGCAGGCGUGUUAAGCGACCGUUAUGGUAGAAUUUUCCUCAUUUUCGUAUUUUUGAGUUUUUGUUAUUGCUGUCAAUAGCUAUUCACUAUGGUGCUUUAAUUAUCCAUACAGUGUCAUCUGAUAGUGAAGUAGCAGAGAUAAUUUCAGUUGCCUGACUUAAAUCACAAGGGAGCUGCUAAUUCAAAAUUAGAUUUAUUUGGAUCUCGUUGCCACUCACCACAUUAACAAAAUCCACUUCAGAUGUUUCAUUUAUAGAUA